UGUAACGUAACGGACGCCGCUUCCCGUCAGCUGUCAGUGAGUGUGUGUGUGUGUGUAUGCGUGUGUAAAUGUGUGCGUGUGUUUGUUUUUCUUGAAUAAUUCAGAUCGCAGGGACCUGAAGGCUGGCAUGGGCGCCAAACAGAGCAGUCCUGCUGCCAACGGCCGCACGCGCGCGUACUCGGGCUCGGAUCUACCGUCGGCCACCGCGUCCGUUAACGGCAGAACAGCGGCGGUUUUACGGUAUAACAACAGUCACGGAGCCUCAGGUGCUACAUCUGCCGCUUCAGCGUCUUCCUCCGCGGCUGUGGCCUCGCAGUUUAUCCCCUCCAGGACGCGCUCCGUCGGCCCGAGCGCGAGACCCCAGUCCGGGAUCAACAUCCCGAACUCUGGUGCAUACAGUUCGGCGGAUUCCGGUAACAGCACACCGGAGGAACCCGGCGGAGAGAGAGAGCGCUCCACCGGCGCCCCGAGACUCCUGAUCGGCUCUCUACCUGCUCACCUGUCGCCUCAUCUCUUCGGAGGUUUCAAGUGCCCGGUUUGCUCCAAGUUUAUCUCCUCAGACGAGAUGGACCUUCAUCUGGUCAUGUGUUUGACCAAACCACGCGUCACAUACAACGAGGACGUGCUGUCGAAGGAUGCUGGAGAAUGUGCAAUAUGUCUGGAGGAGCUGCUGCAGGGAGACACCAUCGCACGCCUGCCCUGCCUCUGCAUUUAUCACAAAGGCUGUAUUGACGAGUGGUUUGAAGUGAACCGAUCGUGUCCUGAACAUCCUGCAGAUUAAAAGCGCCUCUCUCACCUUUUUGCACAGCCUCUCCCGGUGGUGAGACGCCUCCUGUCCUGCUAAAAGGACAGUAAUGUGAAUCCUCUUCCUCCUCAUAGACACUGUGAUCGAGCGGGACGUCCCGAUCAGAGAACUCUGCCCUUCCUAGUCGCCAUAUUUACCCUAGUGUGCCAAAACUCAUUCAGGGAAACUGGCAGUCAUCUCACUGGCUGCUUUCUGCUCUCUGAUUGGCCGGACUCGGGGUCAGCUGACUCCCAUCUCGUUGCUGAUUGGACGACGGGUUGAUUGUUCUGCUAAAUGGGACCGUGUCUCUCAGUGCCUUAAUUUUCAGAUGCGGCGGGCAGAAAAAUCUGCGUUUGGGACAGCAGAAAGGCUGGAUGGAAACGUCUGGAUAUGAAGGAUGUGUUUCCUGAUUCAGGACGGCUCCGAGCCACGCCCUGUGUUUGACCCGGACACUGGAAAAGCCAUUAGUUACUUUACUUUAAAGAAGUGAGUCAAGCUGUUGCCUUAAAAGCAGCAAGUUGAGUCUACUUUAAAAAACAUAGUCAGUAAACCCAUUGACUUAAAACGCUUAUAAUUAUACACAUAGUUUGUGUAGGUAAUAAUUAUAAGGCUUGAGGUUUCCUCUGUUUUUGUUAAGUAAAGUCAACCUAUGGCUUUUUUACAGUGUAGAUCUCCAGUCUGGUAGCAAUAGCUGGAUCUUCAUCUCUGCAGCUUUUAUGCAAGUCAACAUUUCAGAUUUUUUCCUUCGUGUCGAGACAAAUCUGGGCCUUAAUUCAGCACAUCUCGUCCAGGUCAGAAUCAGAAGAAGAAGAAAAAAGUGCUAAAGGAUAUUUUGCAUAAAGAAAAUAAAGUGUUUCUUCUGGGAAAUAUAAUGCAAUGCAGUUAUUUUUAAUCACAUCAACAUUAAUUAAAGGCAGUACAACAAAUACCAUCAUGAUAUCAUCAGAGUGUGUGUGUAUGUGUGUGCGUGUGCUCGCAUGUAUGCGUGUGUGCGUGCAUAUGCAAAAGCAAAAACUGCAUAUACAGUUCAAGUCAGAAUUAUUAGCCCCCCGCUGUUUAUUUUUUUCCCCAAUUUCUGUUUAACAGAGAGCAGAUUUCUCCAACACAUUUCUAAUCAUAAUAGUUUUAAUAACUCAUCUCUAAUAACUGAUUUAUUUUCUCUUUGUCAUGAUGACAGUAAAUAAUAUUAGACUAGAUAUUCUUCAAGACACUUCUAUACAGCUUAAAGUGACAUUUAAAGGCUUAACUAGGUUAAUUAGGUUAACUAGGCAGGUUAGGGUAAUUAGGCAAGUCAUUGUAGAAUGAUGGUUUGUUUUGUAGACUGUCGAAAAAAUAUAUUGCUUAAAGGGGCUAAUAAUAUUGACCUUAAAAUUGGUUUUAAAAAAUGUAAAACUGCUUUUAUUCUAGC